GUGAUUGUGCAGCAGUUUUCAGAAGCUGCAGGUUUGAUCUCUGGACAACAUGAGGACGCUGGUUUUCUUUGGUCUGUUGCUGUUUCUGACAGAAAGCUGUUUGGCACAGAAACCACAUCCAUGCCGCUCGCCACCGCUGCUGUCCGGCAGUAUGAGUGUGAGUGCUAAAGACGGUCAGGACUGGGCGUUUGCUAAAUAUCGCUAUGAUGCUUUUGGGCAGCGCAUCCGUUUAUGGGAAUUUGGACAACAUGACAGCAAAUCAUUCCAUCUGAAUAUGCUGUUCCUCUUUCGGGAGGGUGUAGUUUACACCAUCGACAGGAGGAACAAGACGUGUCAGAAGAAUCCUCUCCACGUGGCCUUCCACCCGUCAGAGAUUCCACGCAAUGCCUCGCUGCUGUCACAGGUGGUGUUGGGCGGUUCGUCAGCGCCGGGCGAAGGUCUGCUGGUCAACACCUGGACCGGAGUCGUACCUGAGACUCAAGGUAAAUACCUGGCAACGGUUACAGAGUUCGGAUGCAUCCCGGUGUCAACCUUAUACUACACAGCAGAGACUGGAUGGGUGGUCACGACCUAUUUUAAUGCAGUAACAGGAAUUGAAGACCCCGAUCAGUUCAUUCCUCCAUCAUUCUGUACUGAUGCACAAACAGAAGAGGAGACGCUUGAUUUCUUCAGCGGCUUUUUCUGAGAAACAUCUCAACAGAUCUGUGUUAAACACUUCAGGAGCUGCGACUGUGUUUUUAACCACUUCUGAAGCAAUUCACUUUUUCCGAAUGAUUACUAUAAUAUUACUAUUAAUAUAAACAAAGAGAUUUUAUUUUGAUUUGGCCAUUUAAGAACAAAUGGAAUGUAUUUUGUUUUAUUUUUUUAUGUUAAUGUUGCUCUCGUAUGAUUUAGAAAAAAAUAUUAGGCCAAUUUAAUAAAUUAGGAAAAAUAAUGCUUGUUAAAGAAUGUUUUACAGCUACAGUUUUGCUAGCUUUCUUUCCAUAAAAGCACUUUAAUCAUUUGUGAAGGAAAAAUAAAAAAGUUUUAUGCUUCA